CACCUGUCUCCAACAGUCUGUGAAGGAGCAGGAAGGAUUGUCACUCUGCUGGUUUUAGCUACUCAAGCUACUCCUGGUACUAGUUCGAUCAGCAAUAUCCUUUUUGUAACGAGGUGACCAGAAGUGAACGCAAUAUUCUAGGAUUGCAGCAGGAAUGGACGUGUUGUGUUGGAGGAAGCCUGGUGUGUGCUUUAGAAAGUUAUUGAUGGUGCUCUCUGCAAUCUACCUGAGCACAGAUAUGACUGUGGCAAUGAAGGUGACCUCCAUUGGGCCACAGACAGUCCGCAAAGCCCGGGGCGAGACAGUAGUUCUGGGAUGUACUUUCAUCGCUGACGACGCAGAUAGGGGAGAGCUGGACAUUGAGUGGUCGAUCAUGAGCCCAGAUACAACACAGAAAGAUGAGCUGAUCCUGGGUUUUUCUGGGGGUGAGGUGUUUCAUUACGGCAGCCAAGAUCUCAGCAAACGUUUGAGCUUCACGGCUAAGAACCCAGCAUUGGGUGACGCCUCUAUUUCCAUAACAGACCUGAAACUUGGAGACACAGCAACCUACCAGUGCAAAGUGAAGAAAACGCCGGGCAUUGAUACACGCAAGGUUACAUUGGUGGCGGAGGUGCGGCCCUCAGUGCCCAGGUGCUCAGUGCAGGGGAGCCAGGAUGAGGGCAGCUCAGUAUCUCUCAGCUGCAAAUCUGAUGAGGGCAUGAUCCCCCUCACCUACAAGUGGGAGAGGCAGAGUGGAGGAGGACUACCGCCCACAGCCAUACAGAACCCUGGAACAGGCAUACUCCUGAUCCAGAAUCAUACCAAGAGUUUCUCAGGAUCGUAUCGAUGCACAGUGAGAAACGCUGUUGGAGAGGAGCAGUGUGUGCUGUCGCUUGGUGUAAGCCCAUCUGUGAAUAAAGCCGGAAUGAUAGCGGGCGCUGUGAUUGGUGCUCUGCUUUUGUUGCUCCUCCUCCUGCUCCUCAUCUGGCUUCUUAUUUGCUGUUGCAACAAGCGGCGAUAUGAGAAGGAAGUGGCCAAUGAGAUCAGGGAGGAUGUGGCCUCUCCAAUCAGUCGCUCGGUCACACCCAAUGCCAGUGUCCACUCCAGCUUCCGCUCCAUCCUGGGCUACCGCUCACAUCACAUCACUGGCUACCAUUACCAACGAGCCAACCACAGUGUCAUCUACAAGGAGCAGCUUAUGGACAUCCACAAACCAUCGAAUUACAACCUGACAAUACCUGGGGGGGCUCCUGUUAUGACAUUCGCUCAAAACAGAGAAGGGUACUCUGUCUAAAAAGACAGAAAAGUAGUUAGUGUAUAGGAUAAAAAAAGUGAUGCAACAAAAGAGAUAUAGGUUUGAUAUAGUAUGGGAGAAAUUGUGUAUUUUAAAAGUGUUAUAAUUUCUAUAAGUAUAAAAAUCCAUAUAUUUGAUGGAUACGGACAGUUGGAGCCUUAUCACAUAUUCUAAAUCACUGCGCUACAUCACAGAAUUUAAAGUAUCGGUAGCCAUCUGGUUUACAGUUACAGAUGUGCACAGUAACUAUGAAACUGAGUGACCAAUUACCUGCAAUAAAUCCCAAAGUAGUAAGCAGACAUGCCGAUCUGGAUGAAGAACAAUGAAAUAAACAGGAAGAUUUCUGAUACAGACCUUAAACAAAUUACUGAAUUAAUACAGGAAAUAAAUAAAUAACUCAGUGCCGUCUCAACUCCGCCCCCUGGUGUAUUUUUUUUUUAAUGGCAAUGUGCACAAUAUCAAAAAUAAAGAUGUACGGGGACUUCCGGUGGCUUCCACCCAAGAUGGCGGCUUAGUUUGAGAGCUCCCACACUCAUCGCCCGAUUUAUUAAAAAAUAUACUUAUUAUUUCAGUGAAGGGCACGUUUUGCUACUAGCAUUACACAAUGGAGACACCAGAGAAAAGGGAUUCGUCAGCCAUGGACCCAAAUACUCCUUCCCCAACUAUGAAAGCCAAGAGUAAAAAAGCCAAAAAGCAGCUACUUACCUUUGAGUGCACAGCACAGAACGCGACUGAGCCCAGCCGCCAGGAUCCACAGGGUCAGACGCUGCCCUGGCUAACAGGUCCCAGCUUCAUUCGCUGAGAGAUUUUAUUGUGGAAUGCAUCAGGGAGUGUUUAAAAAGCUAAAUCACUGCUGAGAUUAAAACGGUUUGUGCCGAAAUUAAGUCCAUCCAAUCUCGGCUGCAGCAAACCGAGGAGAAGAUUUCCGUUACUUUCUCCACUGUUGACAAGCAGAAUAAGCGCGUAGAUAUUCUCCAGGCUGCCCAGCGCCAAAACCGGGCUUGCAUUGAAGAAUCUGAAACGGAGAUUGCCUUGCUUAAAUCUCGACUGGCUGAGUUAGAGGAUAGAAACCGCCGAUCGUAUUUGCGGAUCGUGGGCUUGCCAGAGGGUACCGAGGGGGGGGGGGACCCUAUUGACUUCCUGCAAAAAUCCCUACCAAUGUGGCUGUCAUCUUUGACCGGGCCUAUUGAAAUUGAGAGGGCCCAUCGCAUCUAUGAUGGAUCUAGCGCUCGCAGAGACAGGCCUUGCACCUUCAUUUUUAAAUUACUUCGCUAUACUGAUCGGCAGCUCAUUCUUAGGGCUGCCAGAAAUGUAGCUACACCACCCCGGCUAGACGGAAGCUCUCUACUUUUCUUCCCUGAUUACUCCGCCUUUACUGCCCAGCGAAGAAAAUGUUUUGCCCCGGUUCAGAAAUCUCUCAGGCAGCUUGGAGUCCAGAACUUCUUGUUAAACCCGGCUAACUGAAGAUCAUUCAUAAUGGCCAACCCAGUAUGUUUGACUCGGCAAAGGAAGCGGAAAGAUUCGUCUUGGGAUUAUCUAAUACUCAAUCUAUGGACUAAAUCUGCCGCAUUAUUUCAAACACCAGAAAUGUGUGUGUGUUUUUUGUUUGUUUUUCUCUCGCUUUUGGAAAACACUACUGCUCUAAUAUGGUUAACUGAACCCUACAGCACGGGAUCUGCUUAAUCGGGACUGUAUGUAAGUUACAUCCACAUGGUAGUGUAUGUUGGGGUGUAAUUGUUUUUGUAUUACAUUACAUCUAUCUAUAUAUUGGGAUGGGGUUAGUUAUGCACUGUUAUUUAAUUUAAUUGUAUUGCAAUACAGACACCCUGAUUUUCUUUUCUACGUUGUAUUAACCUAUUAUAUAGUUCUACCUUCCUGAAGUGCAUUAUGUUUUGAGUUUUUGGGUGUGGGUUUUGCAUCUUGGUUCGAAACCACGGAAGCUAAUAUUUUUUGUUUUUGUUCUGGCAAUGAGGGUCACGGCGGCACUAUGAGCUGCUGCUUCUCUCAGCUAGUCAGUUUUGUAAAAAUAGUUGUUUUUGUAUAUCAGAUUACAUUUAUUAGGCAAUCGCUUGGGAGCACAUUGUUAUACCAGUGCAGGGCUAUUUAAAACAUUUUUUAUUUUUGUUUUAUUUAAUCUGUCCGAUGCUAAUUCCAGGAUAUGUUUACUUCUUUCAUUGCUGUCUGUUAACUAUGCAACCUCUGUUAUACACGCUCAGUACACAUGGGAGGAGUGGCCCCGUACUGCCUAUUUUAAACCUCCAUAAUGGCUAAUUAUAAUUAUAUGUCCUGGAACGUGCGUGGUCUUAACUCCCCCAUUAAACGAGCCAAAUGUUUAGAUUUUUUACAUCGUAAAAACGUUACAAUUGCAUUAAUUCAGGAGACCCAUCUCAAAUCUGCUGAUGUCAAUAGAUUUCAAAAUAAACACUAUAAAGUAAUUGCUCACUCCUGCGCCUUGAAUAAAACAAAAGGGGUACUGACUGUGGUUAACAGACUGAUAAAUAUUACUAUUAAUAGUUCAAGCAAUGAUACUGAAGGCCGUUUCUGUCAAGUAAUAGCAACACUUAACAGUGUUAAACUGUGCUUAGCAUCAGUUUAUGCACCCAAUGUUUUCGAUCCUCAAUUUUUUGAGAACAUCAGGCUUAAGCUAUCAGCACUCCCAGAUUGUGCACUUAUUGCUGGGGGGGAUUUUAAUUUGACUUUCAACCCAGCUCUUGAUACUUCAUCACAGGGCACUGCCCUGUCUCUUAUCCCUGCCUCUAAAUACUUUCAGAACUUUGUGCAAGACUUAAAUGUACAUGAUGCUUGGCGUCUGAGAAACAAUGGUGUUAAAGAUUUCACAUUCUUUUCGAAUAGACACAAAAUAUACUUUCGCAUCGACUACAUUUUUAUCUCCCCAAUUAUUAUGCAUAAUAUUAUUUCCACAGAUAUAUUGCCAAUUCUUAUUUCUGAUCAUGCUCCGGUUUUGUAUUCAUUUGACUUGGUCCCAGGAAUUAAGCGUGCUAAACGCUGGCGUUUUAACUAAUUUUUACUUCAGAAUGAAGCUGUCUUAAAACAUCUCACAGAGAGUUUGAGAGAUUUCCUAGAAAUCAACCGUAAUACUGCAACCAACCCACAUUCAUUAUGGGAGGUUACUAAAUGCUUUAUUAGGGGCUGCUGUACAGCCUUUUCUUCUAACUUGAAUAAAACACGAAACAAAGACAUCCUCCAGCUAGAAACUACUAUUUCACAGUUAGAAAAAGAACAGAAGUGUAACUUCUUAAAAAGUAAAGCAAAACAGUUAGCCACCUUAAAGACUGAAUUCAAAAAUCUUAUUAGUAGCAGAGCAGAAUUCCUGGUACACAAAACAAGACAGCUCUAUUAUGAGCACGCAGAGCGACCUAGCAGGUUACUUGCAUUGCGUUUAAAACAAUCUGAACACUUGGCUUCUAUUGAGGCAAUCAGGGACAGCAAUAAUGUUGUACUUUCUAAACCAGAGCAGAUUAGCAAAGUCUUUCAAUAUUUUUAUUCUCAACUUUACACCUCUGAAGCUGGUGCAGACUUGGCAAAAAUUGAGGAUUUUUUAAAUCCAUUGGAAUUGCCUCAAUUAACUGCUGAAGAGGCGGAGCACUUGGACGCUCCUUUAACGUUGCAAGAAUUAGAGGCAGCAGCUCGAUCCAUGCAGAAGCGAAAGUCCCCUGGGUUGGAUGGCAUUCCACCUGAGUUAUUGCUGGCAGUAUGGGAUCAAGUUGGUUCAUUAAUGCUCCAUUCUAUAAAUUUUUCACUGCAAACUGGCUCUUUCCAUAGAGAUCAGAAAUCGGCUUUGAUUUCAUUGCUUGUUAUAAAAAGGAAAAGACCCUUUAGACUGUGCCAGCUACUGGCCCCUUUCACUUUUAAAUUCAGAUCUAAAAUUGUUUGCUAAAGCUCUUUCUAGGCGGUUGGAAAAAUAUAUGUGUAAUCUAAUACAUCAUGAUCAGACCGGGUUUUUAAAGAGCCGCCUUGCUUCAGACAACUUACGGCGUCUUUUUCAUAUUAUAGACCAAGCCCCCCAUCAACCCGCCUCUUGUGCUGUAUUUUCUCUGGAUGCUGAGAAGGCAUUUGAUCGCCUGGAAUGGAACUAUCUGUGGGCAGUUCUAGAACGCUUUGGCUUCGGCCAUUCUUUUAUCAAUAUGAUCCGCACUUUAUACAGCAAUCCUACUGCAUGUGUGCAGACCGGGUCAAUGUUAUCCCCUCAGUUUGCACUCGGCAGAGGUACCCGACAGGGCUGCCCAUUGUCACCAUUAUUAUUUGUCCAUUCCUUAGAACCAUUGGUGCAAGCUAUUAGACAAAGUAACAAUAUAGCUCCCAUUACUGUACAGGGGUCCAAACACCAUAUAUCAUUUUAUUAUUUCUAUCUGAUAUUUCUAAUUCAGUCCCUAACGCACUGCAUUUAAUUGAUCAUUUUGGUAAACUCUCUGGAUAUAAAAUAAACUGGUCUAAGUCUGUUUAUAUGCCUUUGAAUCGUAUUGCCAAACAACCCCUCUUCCCCCUCAUAUCUCUAUUAGGCCGCAGCUCACAGACUUUACAUAUUUGGGCAUUAAGAUAUCCCCAAAUUUCCAGCAGAUUCGUAUAGAAAAUAUGCUUGAAGUUAUAAAUAAAAUCAAAACAGAUUUGACUAGAUGGUCUCCAUUACAGGUUUCAUUACAUGGUAGGAUUUCUGUUAUAAAAAUGAAUACACUGCCUUGUAUUAAUUUCCUAUUUUCUAUGAUCCCCAUUUCAUUACCACAAAAGUACCUUGAACAAAUAAAUUCUAUUAUAACUGGUUUUAUUUGGAAGGAUAGGUGACCCAGGAUUCGGUUGACUUUGCAGCGCCCUAAAACAUUGGGUGGCCUGGCAGUACCCAAUUUUAAAUAUUACUACUGGGCUUUUCAGCUAAGGGUAUUUAAAACGUGGCUGGAUUCAGGGUCUACAGCUUCUUGGCGACCAAUUGAGGAAGCCUUAGUUAAGCCAAUCAGACUCCAUGAUCUCUAUUUCUUUUCGAAUGGGUCCAAUCAUUGCAAACUCAUUAGUUAUUUGGAAGAAAGUUAACCGAUUUCUUGGCAGCCCCUCAAAACUUCAUAAGCUUUCACAUAUAUGGAACAAUCCCUUUUUACUGACAGGCUCAGCCUUUUACUUAUCCACCCUGGUCCUCCAGACAUAUUCAUAUUCUUAGUGAUAUCUUUGAUGAUAAUGGCCUUCGCACGUUCCAGGACCUUAAGGAUAAUCACUCACUCCCUGGUUUUACCUAUUUCAUGUACCUCAGACUCCGCUCAGCCCUUGGCACCUAUGGGGUGCCAUUGGACUCUAUGUUACCUAUCCACUCUGUGACUAAUAUAUUUGCUUCAACAGUCACCUCAAGAGGCUUAGUUUCUUCUUUAUAUCACUUUUUUCUUUCUUUUAAAAAUAGCUCCCUUCCAGUUACCUUAAUAUGGGAUAGAGAGCUUGAAAAACUGGGCGGUAGUCCUGAUUGGGAAGCAGUAUGGGACAAUGUCUUUUCGGCCUCAAAAAAUCUAGCACACCAGCUAAUUCACUUCAAACUAGCACAUAGAAUAUAUGCUACACCAUACCGACGAUUCCAGAUGAAGAUCGUUUCAGAUCCUCUCUGCCAUAAAUGCACUCAGGGUGUGGCUGGAACGUAUCUACAUAUGUUCUGGGAAUGUCCUGAAAUUGAAUGCUUAUGGAAAUAUGUGGCGACUGUGCUUUCUGACGUGAUUGGUAUGAAAGUGCCACUGAGUCCCCGACUGCUCCUUCUCAGCGAUGACUCCCAAAUGAAUAUUAGCCUUCAGACACGACGGCUCUUGUUGGCUGGACUAACAGCAGCUAAAAAGUCAAUCCUACGAGGUUGGGUGGAGACAGAGGUACCCUUAGAUCGUGUCUGGUUGCACUCAUUUGCAGAUAUUGUGUUGGUGGAGAGAAGUACAGCUAGAUUACAUCAUGCCAGUGCAAAAACUGAAACGGCAUGGACAGAUGCCUUUUCUUAUCUCAGAAGUUUAUUUUAAUUAGGCCCUAGGCCCUAACCCCUCCCCCUUUUUUUCACUUGUUUUAGAGCUCCCAAUUGUUAGUUUGUAUUCAUGUGUACUAUGCCCAACUAUUUUACUUUCUUGUUAUGGAAAACAAAUAAAAAACAAUUGUUCAAAAAAAUAAAUAAAUAAAUAAAGAUGUACUUUCUUUUACAUGUUUGUCUGUACGCAAAGGUUGCCUCCACUGCAGUGAAGUCAACUCUUUUGUCUUAAUAAAAAGUACUCACUGUGUAACUAUGCCUCUGAAACGAAAAUAAUUUUAUGUUGCAACAAAGCUGGAAACUAUAUUGAUUGUUUCAAAGAUGCAGUAAUGCAGGCAUAGCUCUGUUGUGAAUAUAGGUUUUCAAAAAGCAGUUUUUGGCUUGUUCAGCAACCAUGCGGCAAAGCAAAACUGAUUAAAGAAAAAACAAACAAAAAACUUGAGGAUCUGAUGAACCUUUCCUGUGGGGUUGAUUUGGAAUAAAAGAUCAGGUUGGGAUUCUUGCAUGUUGGAUUAAGAUUUGGUGCACUUUUAAACAAUUCAUGUCAGAUUGACUUUGAAUAAAAGUUCAGCUUCAA